AUGGGUUCCGGAAAGAAGGAAGCCGCCCGCCGGGAACGGCAGGGCAAGACCAGCGAUGGCAUGGGCAACGUCCACACCAAAGGCGAGAACUUCUACCGCAGCGCGAAGCGGGUCAAGACGCUCAAUAUGUUCAAGGACGGCAAGGCCGAGCGCAAUGCCCGCGGAGACAUCACCAAGGCUGCCUCGUACCAGAGCAAAGAGAAGCCCACCGCCCGCGUCGAACCCAACCGGAAGUGGUUCACCAACACCAGAGUCAUCUCACAAGAUGCCCUGGAUGCGUUCCGUGGUGCAGUCGAGGCGCAGAGCAAGGAUCCGUACAGCUAUCUGUUGAAGCAGAACAAGCUCCCCAUGAGCUUGAUCAAUGACAACAAAGAUAAAGAGCGGAAGGAUGGGUUGGUGCAACAUAAAGCCAAGAUACGGAUUGAGAGUGAAAAGUUUGAAGAUACAUUUGGACCGAAAGCACAGAGAAAGAGACCGCGCGUGGCCGUAUCGAGCUUCGAAGACCUUGCGAACGCCUCUACUCAGGACUACAGCACAUUCGAGGAGAGGCAAGCUGAGGCACGGAUGCUCGCAGGAGGUGGCGACCAGGACCAACAGGACUCAGGCGUGGACAACUCGACGUUGGCUGACGGAGAGAUCGCGACUGCCCGAGAACCCGUCUUUUCGAAAGGCCAAUCGAAGCGAAUCUGGAACGAGCUCUACAAAGUCAUUGACAGUUCAGACGUGGUAAUACACGUGCUGGACGCACGAGAUCCGCUCGGGACCAGAUGUCGCAGUGUGGAGAAAUACAUUCGGGAGGAGGCACCGCAUAAGCAUCUGGUGUUCUUGCUAAACAAGUGCGACCUCAUCCCGACCAGCGUUGCGGUAUGUCUAUCCACUUUUCUUUUAACCCUUCGUUUGCAUUCCCAUGCCCUUCGUGUUCGCAUGCCAGAGAUCUUAGUCAAGUUUUCUUCCCGCCUCUGUGGCACCGCAAUGGAUGGAAUCUGUUACGUCUCUGGCAGAUCAAACCGACGCCUACCGACCCCCUGCCGUUUUGGCAUGGUCACCUUUGGAGUCUUUCGUGUCUUGUUUGAGUAGCGAUCCGGAAUUUUCCCCGUGAUGGACAGCUUAGUUAUGGGACACACAUCCACAUCUUCUCGUGAAUGUUUCGCCGAAGCAGCUUGCUCGACCCGUUGACGACGAUGGCGACGAACGCUGACUCGUCUCUACAGUCCAAAUGGGUGAAGCAUCUUUCGCAAGAUUACCCAACGCUCGCCUUUCACGCUAGCAUGACGAACAGCUUCGGAAAGGGCACCCUAAUCACACUACUACGCCAAUUCUCAUCAUUGCACAGCAACCGCAAGCAGAUCUCGGUCGGUUUCAUAGGCUAUCCGAACUCGGGAAAGUCAUCUAUCAUCAACACGCUUCGAAAGAAGAAAGUUUGCACGACUGCACCUAUACCUGGCGAGACGAAGGUCUGGCAGUACAUCACACUGAUGAAACGCAUAUAUCUCAUUGAUUGUCCUGGUAUUGUGCCGCCGUCCGUUACCGAUACGCCAGAAGACAUUCUUCUCCGCGGCGUCGUACGAGUGGAAAACGUAGAACACCCAGCACAGUAUAUUCCGGCUGUCCUAGCGAAAUGCAGGCGACAUCAUCUUGAACGGACGUAUGAGAUAAAAGGCUGGUCGAGUGAUCCCGAUACUGAUUUCCCCGCGAAACCUGAGAAGCAGCGAACUGAGGAGGGUAUCAAAUUCUUGGAAGCGCUCGCGAGGAAGGGAGGCCGCCUGCUGAAAGGUGGGGAGGCUGAUCUUGACGGCGUGGCUAAGAUGGUCUUGAACGAUUUUCUGAGGGGGAAGAUUCCUUGGUUCUCGCCGCCGCCGAAGAAAGAAGGCGAAGAAGAUGAGAAGGAUGUUGGCAGAGAUGCCAUGCUGGGUCUGACACACGGUAAAAGGAAGCGAGAGCUGGAAGAAGAGGCGGAAGCUUCUGCCGGCGAAGAAGCCGAUGAAGAUGGUGAGGACGAGGAUGAGGAUGAGGACGACUUCGAAGGCUUCGACGGUGAAGAUGAAAAUGAUGACGGCGAAGAGGGAGGAGAUGCUGUUGGGGGGGUUCAAUUAAAUCCGGACGAGAAUGACAGCGAGCAGGACGAAGAGGCAGAGUCGCCCAGUUGA